AUGAAUCACUAUGAGCCCAACACUUCCCUUAACAUAGGGCUAGGGUUGGACGCCCCGGUGGCAAACUCAUCCUCUCGUUCGCCGCUGUCGAGCCCGUUGCGAGUUUUCUCGUGCAACUACUGCAGGAGGAAGUUCUACAGCUCACAAGCUCUCGGAGGGCACCAAAAUGCCCACAAGUUGGAGAGAACCCUAGCCAAGAAGACCCGCGAGUUUAGCUCCGCUGUUCGACCACACUCUGGUCCCAUCCGGGUCAGCGAGCCGGUUUUCGAGAAGAGGGGUGUGAUUGCUUAUGGGUCUAGAGGGUAUAUCGACGACUGCGAGGGUCAGCAUGUUCAUGUUUGUGUUCGUGAUCAGGAUGAAAUUAGCCAGCUCGAUUUAUCUUUGAGGCUUUGA